AUGCACUCGUCCCCAUCUCCGUGCUUACCGAAAUCAUCAUUCUCUGCUUCGAAUCUGAGAGUCCCUGUCCUCAACUGCUCAUUACUCAACUCUGCUUUCACCGGACGCAUUUCGGGAGCGCCAGUAUCAGGAGGUAGCGCUGCGACCAUUGCAUCGGCCGCCUCAUUUUCAGGGCACGUGUCGCUGUACGAUAGGACUUCUGCUGCAACGUCAGACGCAACGUCAGCCCAUCGCACGCCGUUGCUACUAGUGGAGUGUAGACGGGGGAGGUCGUCGCCUUACGACAGAGAUAGAGGGGGAAACAGAGACGGGGAGGGGAAGAGAGAGAGGGGAGGAAACAGGGACAGAAGCGGGAAUGGCGACGCGGGGAGGAGCGGACCGCUGGGUGCGGGUGGCGAUAAGGCUGACGUGGCACAGCAUCCGUACGCGAUUAAGAUAGUGACUCCACCAGCCAGAGAAUUGGGAAUUCAUUGCUUGCCCCUGAACACGCAGUGCGGCGAGACGGUGGAGAUCGAAGGGGAGAGCUACGUGGUGCUGGGAGUGACGUACCGGUACCGGCUGCACAAAGGUCGGUACACCGCGAGGGAGAGACAGCUGGAUGUGCAAUCCCGAGGCAGGUUCCUCGUGAACAUGUAUCUUACUGACAUGCUCGACAGGUCGUGA